CGUAGUCCAGCAAGCCGUAAUGUGAAGCAGCUUGUGUCACUUCCCUGCCGUAGAGGUUUGAGAUGUUAUAUUAACAGAGCUCCUUCUCGUGUCGGUGGCUGGUUCCAAAAAGCUCAUAUACGACCGCCUCCCUCGUUUAUCUUCCCGGAAUAGAGACUGUUAUACUACAACACGAAAUUCAUCCACCAACAAAGGUUACAAAGCACGGCACCAACAGUCAAGACAACGCUCUACUUGCAUAUUCCUGUCUUGCACCCCACUUCCCAGCCCCGCCCGUCACUGUUUACACUGUUGACGACCGCUCGACUUGACCAAACGGCAUCUUUUUUUCUUUGCUGGCUUUUUACUUGAAGGCGCCUCGUCCUCGAGUUCUUUCUUCCAACCACCAUUCCACACAACACUCGUUCAUAUCAGAAAUAUGGCUGGAUCACCUUCGCCCAGAACCACUCGCUCCAAGGCACGACGCUCUGUCAUGUCUUCGCAGAAGUCCAACAUCAAGACUUGGGCACGUCAUCAGAAGCCCGUUGCUGCCCGUCUGAACAAGGAGAAGGAGCAAUUCAAGGCUAUGCCUCAAGCUGUCCCUUCUACCCCAGCAUCUCCCUAUCACCACUCUGCCCUGAUUCAGGCACAACUCACAGAAACUCAUCAACAAUCACGACUUGCUGCUCCUGCCGCUCCUUCAAGUCACACUGGUUCAUCCUCUGAAUCACUCCGCUUCCUUGAUCUUCCUGCCGAGAUUCGUCUCAUGAUCUACGGAUAUGCAGUGACUGAGGCUGAACCAAUGUACAUCGACACAUUGGCUGCUCCGCCGGCCAUCACCCGUGUCUGCCGUCAAACUCGUCAAGAAGCAUUGCCUGUCUUCCUUGGCAGCAACUCUUUCAUCACUCUCUUCAGCUCUGUUCCCGGUAUCGAUACCACCUGCCCUGAACCUUGCUGCCUUACCAAGUACACUACUUCCUUCUCGCCUGCUUCGGAGUCAUGGCUUUGCACUCUCCCCCCUUCGCAGCCUCUCAUCCGGGACAUGAGCUUCACUCUUCAGCCUUCCACCUGGGACUCUGAGUGUGAGAUCUCAGCAGACUUCCGCAUGGUUGAUGGAAAGCUUGCACACGGCCCUGACUGCCCUUUCUGCCGCAACGGAUCAUAUGGCAACAUCACACCUAUCAACCUUUCCCACUCUGCUAUCCCCGAAAGCCUCAAGCUUUUGAUGAGCCAUGCUCAACAGAUCCAUGACGCUGAACUUGACGCUGUCAACACUGUUCUGCAGUUUGGCAAGGGCCUCAGUUUGUACGACAUCGUGGCCUUCACCAAGGCAUUCACUGGCCCUAGCGAGGUCAUCACCGCCAGACAAUGCGAUCAACAGCGCCUCGUCGAGCACUUCAAGGAGUCUCUUGAGGAGUGGGACGCUGCAAAGGGCGAUGUCAGAUACGAAAUUCAAGAAGAUCUCAGACGUACCUCCGAUGACCUCUGGUCUGAGAAGGAGAAGUGGUGUGGAUCUAUGUAAAAACUUUCCUUGAUUUUUUCUGCAUAUUGCUUCCAGUAAGGCGCUGGCUGGUGUUGAGGGCAAUGGACUAUUGGGUUGCUUUUUUGGACAAUGGCUUAUGACAACGAUGAUGAUGAUGAUAACUACGAACUACUUUCUUGUCGAUAUUAGACACAAUUUACGAACAAAUCUUCUACCAAGCA